AUGCAAACAGGUGCGGUAAAUUGGUUAGCGUCCCGGCGAGGACUGGAGCUCAAAAGCCGCGAGGCUCCCCGGGCCCUCGCCGUGGGGGAGCCCAGCUCGCCCGGGUUUCGGGCCGCAGAACUGCACGAGGCUGAAAGGGCGCCGGAGGGAGGCGCGCUCUGGGCCGGGAGCCUCGGGAUGCAGUCGCUUCAAUCACUUAUUAUGGAUGCUUUCCAUGAUAAAGGAUUUCAGAAAAUAAGAGAGUAUUUUCAACAGAGAGAAAGCCGCAUUCCUCAAAAAUACAAUCAUCUUGUAUUCUAUUAUCUUGACAGAUCCAUAAAUAAGCAACUGGAGAAAAAUGAAUUUCGACAUGUUGCGCUGUUGCUGAAAUGUCUUCAACGAUUCUUCAUUGACGGCCUCAAAGAAGAGGAGCCUUUGCUGAUCCAGCAGGGACUGAUCCCAAAGAUGGUUUCCUGGUUUGAAAAAACAACCGCAUUUCUGACCAUGGCAGAGUCAGCAUCCGACACAUCCCUGACUGAUGUUCUAGAAGACUUCUUUGACACAGCCUUGAUUAUUUCCAGGAGUAGUAGUAAAGGGAAAAUGCAGAUUUUGGAUUCCUUCAUAUUUACCUUAGGGUUUCUGGUGACAGGAAAGACUGUAAGUCAUCUGAUUCAACAGGAGGCUUUGAAAACUUUGAACUCCAUUUUGCAUAACAUGCCUCAGGAAGAGCGAAGACGACUCUCUUUGUUGGAAGGCCCAAGUCGGCUUCUGAAAGACCUUGCAAGGACAAUCUUGACUGUGGGUGAUUAUGACCAGCAGGUUGCACUUUCUGAAGCAUUGUGUAGACUGACCUUGAAAAAAUCAAGGGCUGACCUUGUUCAUGAGUGGUUUGAAGAUGAUGUCCUUGCUGAAGCUUUCAAAGAAAUUAAGGAUCGAGAAUUUGAGACGGAUAGUAGACGGUUUCUCAAUUACCUAAAUAACCGACUUGGUGCUGAGAGAAGGGUCUAUUCAUUUCCGUGUAUUGCUGCUUUUGCAGAUGGGCAUGAGAUGAGAAAACCAGAAGAUGAAAAACUAGAGAAAUUUUGGAUUGACUUCAACCUCGGAAGUCAGAGUGUCACUUUUUAUAUAGACAAUAGUAAGAAUGCUCUAUGGGACUCAGUAAGACUUUUGAAGGAAGCAGUGGUUAAUUUCAGCAUAAUAGAAACUGAAAAUAGGAAGAUCCUCAUUAUUUGCCUGAAGAAACCUAUUACUAUUGACAACAAAGAAGUGAUGAAAAUAGAGAUCCACUUUGAUUCGCAAUUCGACAUAGCACAAGCUUCCAUUGAAGCUUUAGGAGAAGACAGACAGAUGUUGCCUGACCAGACGAGAAGCUCCUCGGAACUUUCUGGUAAAUUUGAGAAAGAAGACCUUGACAUUCCUAGUACCCUCGAAAGAGAGACAGACCGGAAAGAAGAAUCCACCAAGCUGGCAGAGUUAAUGAGUGCCAGAGAUGACCAAUGCCCAAUAACUCUCCCCUUAAAUGACCAGUCUGAGCCUGUUGUGAGUAUGGGAGGCUGGGUACAAGAUUCUGAACUGUCCCCCAUGCCUGGGAUACCUGAAUACCCUCUGAGCCCAUCUCUUAAUUACAGGAAACACAUCUUCUCGGAGAGUAAUAAAGAUUCAAGUAGUAGCACCAGCGAACGAUCUUGGACCAGCAACCAAAAAAAGAAAUCCCUAAAACCAUAUUCUGGUAGAAAAAAGACAAGAAUCAGAAACAGCGUAAGAGUUUUGCCAUUUUCCCCUCCCAGCAGUGGCAGUGACCAUGAGAAAGACCAAGCUAAACUUCUAACACCAUCAUGGAAGGAAACCUCCAGGCAGAAUAAUACUACACUUGCAAAUAUUUCUGUAACAAAAUUUCAGGGUAACUCUGACUUUUUAACUCCUGAAGAUUCUGCCCAGAAAACAGAACAUCAAAGUCCCCGCCCCCCGAGUGAUCUGUCAUCCUUGGAGCAUUCAGAAGUUGAAGAAAAUAUAUCGAAGGAAAACACUGUAGACCAAGAAUCCUUGAUGAAAACUCCUAGCUUCAAACAUAAACUGCAAAGCUUGGAAGACAGAGACCCAGCAGAUGGCAGUUUUGCCAAGUCAAAACAGUCAAAAUUGGAAGAAGGGGAUGCUCCAGGGUCCCUCCCCUCAGUGACGGAAGAGACCGACUUAGCAGAAGGCAUUCCUACUCUAUCCCUCGCGGUUGUGCCCGAGAAUUUGAAGAGUUCUGCUGUUCUCCUAGCCUUUGAAAACUUUACUAGAGAACUACAAAGGAAAUCAGAGCUUAGGUACGAGGGGAGUCCGCUUUAUUCAGAAGAUGCCAAGCAAGCACCAGACUGCUUAAUCCGACUUUUAAACCAGAUACGUCAAUGCAGACUGAAUAAACUAGAACAGUUUCACAGUUUUGUUCUUCAAGAGCUGAACAAUCUUGAGAAGGAUAUUCAGAUUCUGAAACACCUUGAGAAGGAUGUUUUGGAAUUUUGGGAAAAACAGUCUGAUGACUUGAAAUCAUUCUGCAAUCUCCAAGUACUGAGGCUGAACCCAGACCAGCCUUCAUGA